CACAAAGAACAAAUUAUGGCAGCCAAUAAAGUAGUUCAAAAAUAUGGUGGACGCAGUGCUGCUGAGGAUGGUAGCAAGGUGAUAUUCUAUGCACCACCAGCUGGAGGUCUUAGCUCUUGCACCCCAUCCUCCUCCUCCUCCAGCUCGUCCACAUCAUCAACGACGACAAAUCAACCACGUAAUGGGGCCAAUCACAAAACAGUUAUUAAAAUUGAAAAUUCCAGUGACACUCAGCAGGUGUCACAUUUGUAUCGUGAACGGAGUAUUGAAGAAACCGAAGCUGCCCAUGAUCUGUUGUCACUUUCACAAAGUUUACCGCCACUCACACCACCCUGUGUGGUGACCAUAAUGCAUCAGGAUACCAAUUCAAAUAACAAUUCUGCUGGUAAAUUACAACACUACCACCACCAGCAGCAACAACAACAUAUGCAGGAGAUAUCAAGUUCUUCCAAACAAAUGCACUGUGCCGCUAUAAUACAACCCGAUAAUCUGAACGUCUUCAUUGAUACCGACCAAAAUCCAAUGGCCACAUCAAAGAUACGUUACAUCAGCAGUUCGUAUGAUCCCCAUGGCCCGCACAAUGGGGGCGUGGGUGGCAACAAUUGUUCUCCAUUGACACCGCCCAAUUCCGAUCAUUCAUCGGAUAUUGAUAUCGAUAUGUCUUCCUCAUCGGAAUCCGGCCAUUCACAACCUCCUCAUCCGGGAACAAUGCACGGCUUAUGGCGUUCCGAAUUUAUGCCCGACAAUGGAAAAUCCGAUUUAAAAAUCAGCCUCAAUAUAAUUGAUGGCCGCACUAAGGCCUGUAAGAAAAAGGGAGGAGAUCAACAACCCAGCAAAUCGGAGUCGACAAAAAAAUCGAAACGUGGUUGUUACAAAUGUUCGGAAUGUGGCAAACAAUAUGCCACCUCCAGUAAUUUGUCGCGUCACAAGCAGACUCAUCGUUCCCUGGACUCCCAAUCGGCCAAGAAGUGUAACACCUGUGGCAAGGCCUAUGUUUCCAUGCCUGCCCUGGCCAUGCAUUUGUUAACGCACAAAUUGUCGCACAGCUGUGAGAUUUGUGGCAAGCUCUUUUCACGUCCAUGGUUAUUGCAGGGUCAUUUGCGUUCACACACCGGCGAAAAGCCCUACGCCUGUGUUCAUUGUGGCAAGGCUUUUGCGGAUCGUUCCAAUUUGAGGGCACACAUGAUGACCCAUUCGGUGGAUAAGAAUUUCGAAUGUAAACGUUGCCACAAAUCAUUUGCCUUAAAAUCGUAUUUGAAUAAACAUCUUGAAUCGGCCUGCAUCAAGGAAUCGUCCGGCAGUGGCCAGCAGUCGGGUGAUGAUCACGAUGGUGAUGGAAAUAAAAUGGAUGAUGAUCAGUGUUUAAGCGGUAUGGCAGUGGAAUCCAUGUAUUCGAGUGAUGAAAAUGAUGAAGAUAUUAUUGUAGCUUAGGAGGAGGAGGA